AUUCAGUCGAAAAGACCACUUCAAUUAAGAUACAACAACAGGAUCUAGUUCCGCCACCUCUUCCAACCAAGACCAGCAAGAAGCUAAUUCCACUCGAACGACCAAUUAUCAAUGCCGGGUGCAACAACAACAGCAACAAACACAGCAACAACUGCGCUCCUUUGGAACUCGAUGGACUCACUCUCAAAACAGAAUAACAACAACAUACUUAGUUCGCCGAAAGAGUCAAUCGACUCUCACAACGCGACCAUGCAACCCUCCAUUCCUGGGCAAUGCCUGUUCUGCCCCAAUCUCUCAGCAGACUUCCUUGGCAGUGUAGCCCACAUGCAAAAGUCACACGGCCUGUUUAUUCCACAUCGGCAACAUUUACUCGUCGACCUGGAAACUCUCUUCAAGUACCUGCACCUAGUCAUUUUCGAUUAUCGGGAAUGUCUACAUUGCGGGACAGAGAGGACAACGGUACAAGCCGUACAGCAACAUAUGAUUGGCAAAGGUCACUGCAGGUUUGACCCAGCAGACCAAGACUCCGAAUUUGGCGACUUUUACGACUUCACUUUCUCCGAGGCGGAAGGCAACGAAGAGAGUGACUUUGAGAGCGACAUAGAGGAGUGUGAUGUGCGAAACCAGCCGGCAAGCCCAAGUCGACAGCCGUUACAGGUUGAUGAGGACUCUCUUCGGUUGCCAUCAGGCAAGAUCAUAUCCAAGCGAUCCUCGGAUCAAACUGGACUGUCUAUCAAUCAUCUGAGACGCCGAAUGCGGACCCCACCUUCACAGCUAGAAUAUGCCCGGGUAGAAUCCGAAGAAGAGGAGUCUAGCGAGGACCUGCUGCACCAUGGUGGGACACAGGCAUUGUCUAAAAGAGAAAAGCGAGAGAGGGCAGUGAUCACGCAUCAGCUAGAAAACAUGAGGGCGAAUGAUCGAAGUGCCUUGAUGCACUUGUCUGCGUCGGAGCAGCGAUCGCUGCUGGCGGUGCAGUACAGGAAUGAGGAAAAGGUGCAGAAGGAGGAACGGCGUCGACAGGGUAAGAUUGAUCGAAAGGGGAACAAGAACUUGUACGCGUACUGGAACACAGAAACUCCUGUUUACCAGUGUGGAUAG